AUGUCAAACGACCCCUUCGAGGAGGCCCAAGCCGACGUCCUUUCUCUCUUGCAACAAACCAGGCCUCUGCUCUCUUCCUACCUACGCAUACGAUCAUCCGCAUCCAGCUCAACAUCUCCCGAGCUCGUCGAAGCGAGACAAGAACUACAGAGCAACCUCACCGAUCUGAGCGCGGAUCUCCAAGAUCUCGUCGACAGCGUCAAAGCCGUAGAAGGCGACCCCUACAAAUAUGGACUCGAUGUUGCAGAAGUGUCGCGGAGACGGAGACUGGUGGAAGAUGUGGGCAAGGAGAUUGAGGAUAUGCACCAGCAACUGAACGAGACGGUACACGCGGCGGAUGCAAAGAAGGGCAAGGCACCAUUGGCACACCCAGACAGCUUUGGGGAUAUGGAUGAGGAUGAGCAGGAUGAUGGAUAUGGCGCGUGGGAAGAGCAGCGGCAGAUGGAGACGAUGCAUGAGCAAGACGAGGCUCUGGAUGGCGUGUUCCAGACCGUGGGCAACCUUCGAGCUCAGGCGGAUACGAUGGGUAGAGAACUCGAAGAGCAGGCAGAGUUGUUGGAAGAUACGGAGAACAUUACGGACCGCGUAGGUGGAAAGCUACAGACGGGCAUGAAGAAGAUUCGCUAUGUGAUUGAGAAGAAUGAGGACCGGUACUCCUCGUGCUGUAUCGCCUUGCUCAUCAUCGUCCUGAUCAUACUGCUGAUCCUAGUGAUUGCUCUGUGA